AUAGAAAUAUCUUUUUAUAUUAAUAUUUAGUAUUUGAUUAAAAGUCAAUAUGGUAUUAAGGAUUUUAGAAAAAUAAGAAGAAACAAUUUUAAAAUUCACAGGAUCUUUUUAUCGUUGAUAAUAUGUAGAAUUGCUUAAUAGAUUUACUUUUUUUUUUUCGGAGAUUCAUCUUUUCCGUCUGAGACCAAAAAUAAAACACCACCUUCCAUUUGGAGAAAUCUUGAUACUCUUAGUAAAAGACAGCAAUCGAUAUUGUAUAAUUGUUAAGAGGGAAUGGUUUAAAAAAAAUAAUGUCUCACCGCUAUAUCUGAAUCAAAAUAGCUCGACUCUAUUCUACAUAAAUCAAUGGAUCUUGAAUCAAUUGGAACAUAGUUUGAACUUAAAACUAUGUAAUCUUUUUCGUGAAGCAACUUCAAAAUAAAACAAAUAUCAAGUUAAUCAGAACAAAUAUCAUUCAAAAAUUAGAAUAAAAUAAUAUUCAAAUAACCUCUAUAAUUAUAGAAUGAUUAGUUGAAUUAAUUAUAAACUAUAAUAGAUUUAUUUUUAGAACUUUAAAAAGCAAAUCCCAUUAUAAUCUGCAAUUUAAAAUAAAAUGAGGAUAAAAAAUGUAAAUAUCACAAAACUUAAAAAUUUACUCCACUAAUUUAAUUAUACUCCAUUUUGAAAAUAUCUUUCAUUCCACCGAUUUGUAGUCAACUGAUAUUCAUCACCCUUUUAAAUAGUCACGAAUCUAACCAGCAAUUAGUCAUAAACUUCAUUAAUGCAGAUUAUAGUAAUUAUCUUAAUGUCACGUAACUACAUCUACAGCCAUUUAUUCAUAUAAAGUAAACACGAACUAAUUAUCAGUUGCGCCCAAACACAGCUCUACUUCAACAAACAACAUUCAUAUAUGAUUAAUUAAUCAAUCAAAUAAGAAAUUAUACCCAACACAAAAAGCAACUACCAAACCAGAAAUACAAAAUCCAAUCAAAUUAGUCAACCAAGUUUCUGUCAACUGUCCCAAAAAAAUCCUCCUUCAUAAUCUCAAUUCUCAAAAAAUCCACUUCAACUUCACAAUAUCUCAACUCCCCACUAAAAAAUCCCUCCGCCGCAAAAAUGGGGGUUUUCCGACGACUCCACCUCCGCGCCGCCGCCGCCGUGUUCCUCACCUCCCUCCUCCUCUCCGGCUGCCUCCCGCUCUCCUCCCCCAAAAAAACCAAGCACAAAAUCAAUGGCCCGAUCAAAACCUUCGUAGUUAUAGUUAUGGAAAACCGCUCCUUCGACCACAUGCUCGGCUGGUUAAGAAAAACCCGACCCGACAUCGACGGCCUCACCGGAUCCGAAUCCAACCGGGUCAAUGCAUCCGACCCGGCCUCCCCCUCCGUAUCCGUCACCGACUCCGCCGUCUUCGUCGAAUCCGACCCCGGCCACUCCAUCCAGGCGAUUCGCGAGCAGAUAUUCGGCCGCAACGACACCUCCGCCAGCCCCGCCCCCAUGGACGGCUUCGUGCAGCAGGCGGAGGCCAUGGGGGUCGCCGGAAUGGCCGCCACCGUCAUGAGCGGAUUCAAGCCGGAGCUCGUCCCGGUCUACACCGAGCUCGCGAACCAAUUCGCCGUAAUGGACCGGUGGUUCGCCUCCGUCCCCGCCUCCACGCAGCCGAAUCGCCUCUACGUCCACUCCGCGACCUCGCACGGCGCCUCCAGCAACGUGCGCAAGGAUCUCAUCCGCGGAUUCCCGCAGAAGACGAUUUUCGACUCCCUCGACGAAAAUGACCUAGAUUUUGGGAUUUAUUACCAGAAUAUCCCGGCGACUCUGUUUUUCAAAUCCCUAAGGAAAUUGAAGAACGUAGUGAAAUUCCACAGCUACGCGCUGAAAUUCAAGCUGGAUGCGAUGCUAGGGAGGCUGCCGAACUACGUGGUGAUCGAGCAGCGGUAUUUUGACGUGACGCUGUUCCCGGCGAACGACGAUCAUCCGUCGCAUGACGUUGCGGAGGGGCAGAGGUUUGUGAAGGAGGUUUAUGAGACGCUGAGGAAGAGCCCGCAGUGGGAGGAGAUGGCGAUUUUGAUCACCUACGAUGAGCAUGGAGGGUUCUACGAUCACGUGCCGACGCCGGUUGAAGGAGUGCCCAAUCCGGAUGGGAUCAUUGGACCCGACCCGUAUUACUUCGAGUUCAAUAGGCUUGGCGUGCGGGUGCCUACGCUCUUGAUCUCGCCCUGGAUUGAGAAGGGCUCUGUGAUUCAUGAGCCGAGUGGCCCGACCCUGACUUCACAAUAUGAACACUCGUCGAUAGCUGCUACUGUGAAGAAGCUUUUCAAUCUUAAAAACUCCAACUUCUUGACUAAACGGGAUGCGUGGGCUGGGACUUUCGACAAGUACUUUUACAUGCGUGAUACUCCUCGUAGCGACUGCCCAGAGAAACUCCCAGAGGUGAAGAUGGCACUGAGGCCAAGGGGGGCAAGGGAAGACGAGAAGCUGUCGGAGUUCCAAAUCGAGCUUAUUCAGCUUGCGUCACAGCUCAAUGGAGACUACAUGCUCAACUCCUAUCCUGACAUAGGAAAGGAAAUGGACGUGGGAACAGCUAACAGGUACGCGGAGGAUGCAGUCAAGAGGUUCUUGGAAGCCGGGAGGGCUGCGCUGAAGGCUGGCGCAAACGAGUCGGCCCUCGUUACCAUGAGGCCCUCUCUAACUAGUAGAAUUGCAGAAGCACAGUCCACAACGGGCCAUGAACCCUUCUGAUUGUGCAAAUAUUCCUCCUUUAACGUGUAUAGAUAGAUAGAUAUAGGAAUAUAUGAAGUGGAAUGGAGGUGUUCAUGUAUCCUUGUUGUCGCGUAUGUUAGUUUAAGAUGUACUCAUAUGAGUUUAGAGUGAGGGACGAGAAUCUGCUUGUCUGUUUGUAACACAUACAGUCCUUGCUUAUUAUACCUAGUAGUACUUUAGUACGCCUAUUUAUGUA